AUCUCGCGAUAUCAGGGGCCUCUCCCUUGUCACGUGAUGUGGAGGCAGCUUCAUUUCGGUGGACGCUUCGAACGCAGCGUGGAAGCUCCUUGUGUCUGUGCUAGUGUUUGAAAGCUCCAGCAUCGAAAUGUACAAAAUAGAGCAUGUCAUCGUGGGAAGCGAAGUGAAACCCGCCGCAAAGGAGAUGAAAACGGAGACUCUUGUCGGUCCUUUGCAGUCCUACCAGCAUGAGAGUCUGCAGUGUUUCCAGUGCUUCAUCACAUUCUGUAACGCCAAAGCCAAGGAGCGACACAUGAGGAAGAGUCACCGGGAGCUGUACAAGCAACAGCUGCAGCAGACUGACACAGUCUUCACUUGCUACCAGUGUGACAAAAGCUUCCCGUCUUCUGAGAUGCUCAGUGAGCACCAGGUCAGCCACAGCACAGAGGAGAAGCCUUUCAGCUGUACCUACUGCAAGAAAACCUUUUUAACUUACACUGAGGUGAACAAACACAGAAGACACGAUUGCAUAGGGCGAAAGUUUCCCUGCAGGGAUUGUGGCGCCCUGUUCCAGAGUACUUCACGACUGCGCUACCAUCGCAUUGCAGAGCACCCCAAGGGCUCGUUAAUUGCUGAUGAUGUCAACACCUACCAGUGCUGUAAAUGUAGCUGUGGUUUUCAGACAGAAAAAGAACUCCUGCAGCACCAGGAAACAUUUGCUGAUAGUGUUAACUGUGACGUUAAGCCCCAGGGUAAAAAACGCGGCCGGAGACCGAAGAACGCAGCUCAAGGAGGGACGAUUGAGGGCAAGAAGUUCAAAACAGAAGAGGAAUCAGAGGAAGGAUGCAACGACUCUACAACGGAGGGAUGCUCAUCUAAUGAGCCACAAACGCAGCUCAAAAUUCCCUGUCCUGAAGCAAACUGUGAUCUCCUCUUCCCUUCUGUUACAGCACUGCGGGCACACAAGAGAGGGGAACAUGGGCCGACCUCUCUCAAGCCUCACAGAUGCACAGAGUGUGACGAAAGCUACGCUCAACCUGAGCAGCUCAAAGCUCACAUUUCUCAGUCUCAUGGUUCUGAAUACAACUGCCCCACCUGUGUAAAGAGCUUUACAACAGAGGGCGAUCUGCAGAUCCACCAGAACACCCACACUGAUGGAGAGGAGGUAGCAGAAAAAAGAUAAUGUACAGUUAUAAAGACUGCAGCUUCAUCCUACACCAUUCAGUUAAAUACUUGUCAGAGUAUUUCUUCCUAUCCCCUUUGUGUAGGUAGAUAUGUGAAUAGUUUAGGGUGAGUAUUUGAAGGGAGGUUAUGCAACACAAUUGAAUUAUGGAAGUUGCUUCUGGACUGACAUUUUUCAAUUGCUUUUAUAAAUACCGUACAUCCUACACUUGUGAAUAAAACUGUACCAAUCAGUGCAUAAACAUGAUUAACUAGCGCCAUGAGCUCAUGGUGUUAAUAUUACCGCUACUGUACUGGAAAUAUUUAUAUUAAUUGAAGAUUAUCUGGUUCAUUACCACUCAAUUGUGGAAAUAUUUUGUAUUUAAUGGUGCAGUUUAUUCUUAGGAAAGUCAUUAAGGUUAUAAUUGUACUUGGAAUGUAAGUCCUAUCAUAAACAAUCCAAAAUCUCCUGAAUGGGCCACUGUAUACAAUGCUAUGCCUUUAUGACGAAUGAUGUAUUCUCUGGGUCUUUGUUUACUCUUUCAACCAUUAAAUUGUUGCUGCCUUGAACAAAA